AUGAAUUGGUCUACUGAUGCUUCUGUUAGCGACUGGAUUGGCAUCUCUUUUGGUGUCAAACACCAGAGGAUAUCAGCUUCAACCACUUCCAGGAUGCCAUACCUGAUGACUUGGCCAGUUUGCAUAGAUAAGGAGAUAAAUUUGGCAUCCAACUAUUUCACUGGAAACGUGCCACCUUGGUUUGGAAACUUAACCAAGCUCGAGCUCCUCAUUUUGAGUUAUAAUCGCUUUACAGGAGGAAUUCCAAGGGAUAUAGGCAAUCUUACCCAUUUAGAGAUAUUAAGCAGGAGAGAUUGCUCUAAGACACGGGAAAGUCCAUCCUUCAUCUUCAACAUGUCUUCCCUGACUAUUCAAACAGUACCCUGUAUGGAAGCCUCCUGCCGCUGGACCUUCAUUACGGUCUCCCCAAUCUUGAGAAGCUUUUUCUCCAAUCCAAUCAACUAA